CAUAGAACAGCAGCCAUGUCGCGCGCGUCGCACGCAGCAGUCGUGUUCGUUCUAACUCUACUCGCCUCACUAGUUGAGUGCAUGGAGGAGGGCUGCACGGACUUUGAGGGCAAGCCGGUGGCGCACGGGCUGCUGUACGUCCCCGGACCAGGAGCCUGCUCGCUCUGCGUCUGCUACCACGCGGAGCCGAUGUGGUGCAAGGCCAUCUACUGCGACCCGCCCUACUUCUGUAAGAACUUUCGCGUUGGAGAGCGGUGUUGUGAAUUCGAGUGCCUGGACCCUCCGGGUGAAGAUACACGCUACCGAGAAAGGCAGCGGCUGCGCGCGCUCAUCCUGGCAGGCAACUCAUCAGCUGUCCAGCUCAGACCAUCGCUUAGACUCCGAGCUGGUAUCUCCCUGCUGGCUGUAGCAGUUGCUACACUCGUCUGAGACAGGAAACAUUGAAAGUAUGAGAAAGUAUAGACAAUAAAUGUCACAGAAUAAUGUGAUGUACAGAUCAAUGAUGAAACAAUUUAAACUCAUCAGAACAUUUUGUGUUUUGAGGUUACUUUUUGUUUAAUCUUAAA